AGAAACAUGAAAACGUAGGGAAAUGACCCAUGUUUCAUCGUCUAGCUUUGCAACUUCCUUUCAGCGCCACGGCAAAAGCCCAAACCUUUUGUCUACAAAAAUAAAUUAUAAUGAUUUCCCAUUUUUUUUAUCCGAAUCCAUUCUCUUGAUUUUCUAUCUCUCUCAAAUCUUCUCUCUCUUUCUCUCUGCUUCAAGCAUAAAAAUCCAUUUCAUUUUACAUAAAAAUCACAACACGGUAACAGAGAGGAAGAAAGAAAGAAGAGAGGAAAAGGAGGGCCUCUCGCCCUCUCUUCUUAUUAUGCCUCCUCUUAGAUAUUAGAUUCCCCCACUUUCUCGUCUGGGUUCUCUUUCUUUGGUGUUAAAACUCUUUGCUUUUUCGUUUUUAGCUGUAUUUGAUUGGAUCCUUUGUUUUAACCUUUUCACUUCGUUUUAAGGGAUCCUGGUUUGUGGUUUGAUCCUUGAUUGAUCGGUUAACAGUUUCAUGUUACUGGAUUCAAUCCAAGGUUGCCCAUUUCUAUAACAUUCAUAUUAAAUUUCCAAGCUUUUGCUUGAUUUUUGUUCAGAAGAAUGGAAAUGGAGCUUGGUAAGCUGUUUAUUGGUGGGAUUUCCUGGGACACAAAUGAGGACCGUUUAAGAGAAUACUUCCAGACUUUUGGAGAAGUUUUGGAAGCUGUGAUCAUGAAGGAUCGGGCUACGGGUCGUGCCCGCGGGUUUGGUUUUAUUGUUUUUGCUGAUCCUGCUAUUGCAGAAAGAGUUGUCAUGCAGAAACAUAUGAUAGAUGGUAGAACUGUUGAGGCAAAGAAAGCUGUUCCUAGAGAUGAUCAAAACAUUCAGAACAGAAACAAUAACAGCAUUCAUGGGUCUCCUGGUCCUACCCGCACAAAAAAGAUAUUUGUAGGAGGUUUAGCAUCAACUGUAACAGAGGGUGACUUUAAGAAGUACUUUGAUCAAUUUGGGACAAUUACAGAUGUCAUAGUUAUGUACGACCAGAACACCCAGAGACCUCGAGGUUUUGGAUUCAUUACUUAUGAUUCAGAGGAAGCAGUUGAUAGAGUGUUGCUUAAAACCUUUCAUGAACUUAAUGGCAAAAUGGUUGAAGUCAAGCGGGCAGUUCCCAAAGAAUUAUCCCCAGGGCCAAAUCGCAGCCCGUUAGGCUCAUAUAACUAUGGUCCAAGUAGAGUCAGUAGCUUCCAGAAUGGUCACACUCAGGGAUAUACUUCAAGUUCAGUUGGGUAUGGAGUUAGAAUUGAUGGUAGAUAUAGUCCAGUUACUGUAGGGAGGAGUCGAUUUUCCCCAAUUGGUUCAGGUUAUGGGAUGGGACUGAGUUUUGAGUCAAAUUUGAGCCCAAGCUAUGGAGGAAGUGUGAACAUUACUUCUUACCUUGGCUAUGGUCGUGGAUUGAACCCUCCAUAUGGUGAAAAUCUGAACAGGUACAGUAGCCCCAUUGCCUAUGGUGGGAGCAAUGGAGGUAAUAGUCCAAUCCUGAAUUCACCUAGCAGGAGUUUGUGGGGAAACAGGAAUCUUAGUUAUGGCACAAACUCUGCAAACUCAAGUGCUUUAGGCCUUCGAAGUGGGACUUCAGAAAUGGAUUCUUGUGGCAGCAUUGGAGCUAUUUGGGGUUCCCCUUCUAAUCUUGGACAAGGUGGUGCUAUGGGUUCUGUUUAUAGUAGUGACAAUUUUGGUUAUGGCGCUGGAGAAUUAAGUGUUGGGUCAGUAACUGUAGGGUAUGGAAGAAGUAGUCGCUCUGGUGUCACGCCAAAAUCUGUUUUAAAUGGUGGUUAUAAUGAGGCAUAUGCUGACAUAUAUGCAAGUGGUUCCUUUUAUGGUGAUUCCACUUGGCAAUCUUCGUCUUCAGAACUAGAGGGGUCUGGUCCCUUUGGUUUUGGGCUUGGAACUGCAGCUUCAGGUCUUAUGACUAAAAAUUCUGCUGGUUAUGUUGAUGGUUAUAGUGUUACUAAUAGACAACCAAAUAGAGGAAUUGCUGCUUAGGAUGAUGGCGAUAUGAUUGUCAAAAGUUCAUUGUAGGUGAAUUAUAUCUGGUGUGGUGAAGCAGGUGAAUGACUAAAUUUCUUACAUUUUCCUCGUCGAGAUAAAUCAGUUUAUAUGAAAUGUGAUUAGAACUAAUUGGUUUCGCCUGUUUUGAUGAAAUUAUAGAAAGCAAUUACAAGGAUUUUCAUUUAAGGUUUGAGCUUGGAUUUUCUUUAUAUGGGUUAUCUUUCUUGGGAUUUGCUUAAGAUGUAAAAUCGGAUUGUCAUGUAUACGAGAAUAUUGUAUCAUCCAUAUCUGGUGACACUGUGAUACAUAAAAAAAUCAAGCCUUUUAGAUUA